CUCGAUCUCUCUCUCUCUUUCUCUCUUUCUCUCCCUCCCUCUACUUCCUCAAAUUGGCCAGAUCUCCCCUUCUCUUUACAUCCCUCCAACACUCUUUUCCUCCAGCUGUGAGAGCAACCAGCCCGCCUUGGCCUUGCUCUUCUUCUUCACAUCCAUUGGUUUUAAAGGAUCACAGGCCCGUUACUUUUACAAAAACUUCUCCUGAAGACUUUAUUUUAAAUAGUUGACUUUUAGUUUUUGGAAACUUAACCCUUCCCCCCGGAAAGGCUGCUUGGUGUGUGUCUGGCGUGUGCGAGGGCUCCGGUGUCUUGCUGUUUGCCCUGUGGGACUCCCCUAAAGGUUGUGACUGAAGAAGAGAAGAUUUCACAACCAUGAAUGUUCAGCUGCUGCUCCUAUUGGCCCUGGUUGGCCCUUUCUGUGCCUUCACACAUGCAAGUCCCACAGAGAUCCCUACAGAACUUUAUGUUGCAGUCACUGAGGCUGCACCAGAAGCCAUCCCUGAGCCUACAGUGGCUCAAAAAGAAGAGCUCACUGUUUUCACUGCUCCUCCAGCAACCGAACCAGUGGUGGACCCUGAAGAAGUAACAGAAGCACCUGAAGCAAAAGAGGUCACAGAGGCUGCGUCUCCUGCCCUUACAGAGGCGCAAAUUGCCGAGACAGAAAACCCUAUUGCUGCUGCUACUGAAGCCCUAGAACCUGCUAUCACUGAUGCUCCUGCUGCUCAGACAGAAGCUCCUGAGGCUCCCACUGAGGCAGAAGAGGUCACUGUUGAGGUGACAGCAGCUGCGGGGGUAGAAACGAAUGAAGAAGUGGUGGUUGAGGAAGACCCUGAGGAGGUCCUGAGUUCUGGCCAAGUAGUCGGCAUUGUGAUUGGCGCUCUGUUGGCAGUGGUCAUCGUCAUCGCCGUAGUGACAGCUGUGGUGAGAAGGAUGGGCAAAUACUCGUCUCAGAAGAACAAAAAACCUGCGAAAAAAGACAGCAUUUUGGUUUCUCCCUUGAGGAAAAAGUCUUCCAAGCAGCAAGAGCGCCCAAGGUUCUGGAAAUUCUGAACUACUGACCUGUGACCGAUCAUGAAAAAACAAGCACAAUACCAGAACUAGACAAAAUCUAACCAGGACUCUGGGCUGUUGCCAAAAAAGGGGGAAGCAAGACUCUUGUGUGAUUAUGUAUGUAUUGUAUGUAAGGCAAGAGGGUUAAAUGAGCAAACAUCACCUCCCCCAUAAACUCCUUUACCCCCUCUGCUGAUAUAAAAAGCUCUGUCUUCCCUAACUGCCCAUCAGAGAAAAUAAAACAAGGUGACUGCCGGAUGUCACAAUAAGAAUCAGUCUUUUUCAAAUGCAUUUUGAUAAAUAAAGAGGGAAAUAUCAGUGUUUUAUCUAUCAUCAAUGGCUAAAGUCACAUCAUUAAGGGCGUACUCACACUAGGCAAUCUGUACUGUGCCCAAGCACUCUUGACCCCCAUAAGUCCAGUUCGUUUGACUACUGUGAGUGAUCCAGGUACACUUCCUUGGCCCUGGCACAGUUGAAAUAGGUGUGCUUCGCCAUGGUGCAGAUGUGGACUUGACAUAUGAAGGGGGGCAAUCAUGCUUCGGCGCAGUACGGUGCAACUGGGCCCAGUGUGAGUGCACCCUUAAAGAGCUACCAAUUCUGAUUUGCAUGGAAGUUUGAGAGGACUUGUAAAGGGGAAAAAACUGCCCAAAUUUAAUUGAAUUAAACACAAAAGAUUGUGGGAGAAGGAACCAAAGCAGGAGAGACCGUUUCAAAAUUCCACAGGGAGUAUACACAAUGCAAGGGGACAACAUAGUAUACAGCAAAAGACUUUCUCAUCUGUUGCAGUUGUAAAGGCUAACUAUAUUAUAUUAUGAAACACACAGUACAAACAGGCAGCCUUUGGCUAUUCUUAAAGCUAUGAGACCUUUAGAUCCCCCCUGUGCACCAAUACAAACCCUUUCUCACAGAAACCCUCAUAUGUUGGCCAAAUGUAUAAAGCACCAUAUGCAGAAGUUUUUCUGACAUUACACUUUGACACUCUGAGGGCAAGCAGGGGGCUAACAGAAAAAAGGCACCCUCAUAAACAAGAGUAACGUGACAUUCUGCCCACUUUAACACUGACAUAUAAAAACCUAAUACAUAUCUGUGAAAUUUAGCAGAAGGGUUUGUGCCACUGUUUCUGGUAUUCGGCUAGAUAGUUGGAGGAUUUUAAGUUUUGAAGUGCAUUAAUAAUGUGAAUUGACUGUAUUUUCUAACUGCCAACCCAUUCCAAAAAGAACAACUUUGUUGACUUCUGGCUUGUUCCUUAUGAAGGCUUCCAUAGCCAUUGGUUAUUAGACAUAGAAAUAGCAUUGUCCUUACAAUGUAUUCAUAGUAAUUCGGCUGAUAGUUAGAUUACCAGAACAGCAUCCAGGCUUUAUAUUUAGCUAACCCGAGAUUGAGUGCAGAGGAUGACGUUUUACAGUUGCACUUAGUUUUAGUGCACAGUGUUAGGCAGCAAUGCCCCCUUUUGUUAUUAUUGCAACUGUAAGUGUGCUAAGUGGGUGUACAAUUAAUUAAGUGUCAGACUAGCUCUGCUUGCUUUACAAAUUUGUUUAAUAUGGCACUGAUUGAGUGUUGUAAUAUUUAAUGAACAGGCUUUAGACACUGCAAGUGUUUGCAACGAUGUUUUGUUUCCCCAACUUCUUCUUGCUACAUUUGAUCAGUUCUACGACUUUAAUGUAUUAUGUCCCAUUUGUUUGAACCCUUUUAAUUUAAUUGCAGUGUUUCAUGUUCAUACUGUUUCAAUAAAAAAAUUGAAA